CAAGUCUUUGGUCAUACUAAUAGAGUUGUUCGAAGCAAAGAAAAUAGACGCGCUGUUUAAAUGUGUUUUUGAAAUUAUAAUUGUGCAAUAAUCGAGCUACCAGCACUAAAUUCAACAUUUAAUAAAACAAGAGCCUUGUCUUAAACGCCAAUCGCAUAGUUUUGUUGCAAACGCGUGGGAAAUCUUGACCUGACCAUCGGAAAUCUUGGAGAUAUGGAAAAUGGCGAUGCGACUUCGCAUUCGGAUGCCCACAUCGACUACAAAACCCCAAAGAAGACCCACUCGCUGAUCGACAGUGAGCAGUUGCUGGACAAGAUCAAUAUCCUCACCACCAAGCCGGAGAAUCACUCCCAAAAUGCCAAGAUUCCCACGAUCAAGGAUUUCGUUAUCAUCAAGCCAAUUAGUCGCGGCGCCUUCGGUAAGGUGUUCCUUGGCUACAAGAACAACGAUGCGAAGCGGCUGUUCGCCAUCAAGGUGAUGCGCAAGUCGGAGAUGAUCAACAAGAAUAUGGUGUCCCAGGUGAUCACCGAGCGAAACGCCCUGGCCCUGUCCCGCUCCCAGUUCUGUGUCAGUCUCUUCUACUCGCUGCAAUCGCUGUCCUACGUCUACCUGGUGAUGGAGUACAUGGUGGGCGGGGAUCUCAAGUCCCUGCUGGCCAUGUUUGGGUAUUUUGACGAGCCCACCUCCAGGUUCUACGUGGCCGAGAUGGUGAUGGCGCUGCAGUAUCUGCAUCAGCACGGAAUCGUGCACAGGGACAUCAAGCCGGACAACAUGUUGCUCUCGGCCACAGGCCAUGUGAAGCUCACGGACUUUGGACUGAGCAAGAUCGAUAUGCGGCGAGACUUGGAGAUCUCCGACCUUAUAAACUGUUCGCCAAAUUUGAAUGCCCGCACGCCGGGCCAACUAUUGUCGCUCACCUCGCAUUUGUCCUUUGGCUCCGAGAAAAAGCUGCAGGACUUGGCUUACACCUCAAAUGGCCAGGCCAACGGAGUGUGCCAGAUGGCCACCGGCACUUCCCACCUGCUGCAGGCCAUCAACAAGCACAGCCUAAUCAUGGAGCUCUCGGACAGCGAGGGCGACACCUCGCUCAACGAUGCGGAGAAGACGAGCGACAGCAAGAUCUCCGGGGUAUCGCCAUUUUUCUCCGCCGAGGAGGCCAAUGAAUCCAUCACCCACACGUGCACCACCAACAUCAAUCCCCAGGAUAGCAGCUCUUCGUGCUCCUUCCACACUUGCAAUUCGGCUGAUCUGAGCAAGUGCUCGCCACCACUGGAGGCUUCCCGAAAUGGUGCUACUGCAGCGGAGACGAUUCCCAGCAAGCGACGCGUUGAAUUCGCCUUGGACACGGUCAACUGCCAGGGCUGCAAGCUGGCCGAACAGGACAGCGGUAACAUGGCCACCAAUGGAGGCAAACACUUGCCAAAACUGGAAAAUGCAAGCGAGGCUUCGUUUGAGUUUUCCAUGGUGCGCAGGCGAUCAGUCGACGAGCGUAAUCGCAUCUCGAAGGGGCAGGAGGAUUCGGGCGUGUCGAGUCGCAAGGGCGAUGAUUACUCCAGUUGCCAUUUUAACCAGAACAGCGAGAGCAGCACGGCUUCGUCGAUUGAGAAGAAUGCGGAAAACCUGAGUCAGUCCAAGGAGGACUAUAGCUGCUCGGACUACUCGCGCAGCUACAACAUGACCAAUGGCAACGAGAUGAGUGGUAUCCACAUGAACUCACCCUUCCGCAAUCUGUCCAAGCACUUCAAGCGCCCCGACUUCCUGCGCGGCAUGAAGCGGAAGAUCAACCUGGUCAACCGCUCGGACAACAUGUCCAGCAUGGAGGCCGACGGCUCCAGUUCGGGCAACGGCAGCGCUAACACCGGACUGACCCAGGAGAUCGAGAUCCUCAACAUUGGCAGUAGCACGCCGAAGAAGCGCAAGGCCCGCUCCUCGCCGAUCCGGGGAGUGCUCAAGGUGCGCUCUCUGUCCGACGACGAGCUGCCCAUGAACCAUCUGCUGGGACCGGAGGCGAACGUGGCCAAUGUGGUCUUCUCUACGCCCGUCUCUUCGCAGAAGAUGCCACGUCGCGAUGGCGGCCUGCUGGGCAAGCUGAAGGCCACCCGGUUCGCUCUGCCCCUGUCCAUUGAGAACAAGAAAAGGGAACACGCUGCCGCCGAUAAGAUGUCGGGGGUGCAGUACCACCUGAAGCUGUCCGACGAUCCCACGAUGUCGCCCAUCAACCACGGGGCCGGCGUCCUGCCAAAGACGCCCAAGAACGCGAACAUCAACACACCGUUUCGCACACCGAAGUCGGUGCGGCGAGGGGCUCGCGUGUCCAACGAACGCAUUUUGGGCACGCCCGACUAUCUGGCACCGGAGCUGCUGCUGAAGCAGGGACACGGUCCCGCCGUCGACUGGUGGGCUUUGGGAGUCUGCUUCUAUGAGUUCAUGACCGGCAUUCCGCCGUUCAACGACGAGACGCCUCAGAAAGUAUUUGACAACAUUCUGAACAAAAACAUCGAAUGGCCCGAAGGCGAUGAGGCGUUAUCCGUCGAUUCAAUGGAAGCUGUGGAACUGCUCCUUACCAUGGAUCCGAACGAGCGACCGGCCGCCAAGGAGGUGCAACAGAUGCGACACUUUAGCUGCAUCGAUUGGGAGAAUAUCGGCAGCACGGAGCCGCCGUUUGUGCCCACACCAGACAAUCCCACGGACACGGGUUACUUUGAAGCGCGCAACAACCUUCAGCACCUGCAGCUGUCCAACUUUGCCUUGGAAGACUGACUGCCCCAUCGGAGCCCGGCUGCCUCCGUUUUAGCUCGUUCGUCGCGAGCACUGUCCUAUCGUUAUUUAUAUUCUCAUAUAGCAAUACCUAAGAGUAGACCUUUAAUGUCCUUUUGUUAUCGUUCGUCUAGCCCUACUUAUUUAUAUUUUGUUUAAAGUUCACUCAAUUGUAUCAUUAAAUUCCUUGUACAUUCAUUCAUUCGAUUGUUGCUGUCUGGAUGGUCGAUUAUCCUGAUCAGCGUUAAAAUUAUGUAAUAUCGGUAAUGAUUUCGAGUUUGUUAUUGUAACUACGCUUAAACAAAAAGCUUCACGUAUGCACCUUCGAGAUAUGUCCAAUAAAGUUGUAGCUUAAAAAAUGAA